AAUUUUUUCAAAACGGGGAUCGUGUUUUGGUUCGAAAAUAAUAAAUUUUCUUUAUCAAAAUUUAGUUGAUUUUUUAAAGUUUUUUUUCCAAAAAAUUAUGCUGCAAUGAUAAAGUGAGAUAGAAAAGAUUGAUUGAUUGAUUGAGCAAUUCUAUAUAGCAUUUCUAUCUGCAUUUUUGUUUUUGUUGUUGUUGACAUUCUUGCCUGCCCGUCGCCUGUCUUUGCAUCGAUUUGAUUUGAUUCGAAACCGAAGCAAAAAAAAAAACCAAAGAUACUAUCAAUAUUGACGUUGGUGAUUUGGUGAUAUUUUCAUUGAGAAAACAAGAAAAGAUGAAACCUGAUUAUGUUCGAAUCGAUCUUGGUAAUAGUAUUUGGGAAGUACCAAAUCGUUAUGAAAAUCUACAGAUACUUGGUUCCGGUGCAUAUGGUUUAGUUUGUUCAGCAAAUGAUCGUAUUGUUAAACAAAAUGUUGCAAUAAAAAAAAUUUCAAAUCCAUUUCAAACAGCCAUACAUGCAAAAAGAACUUAUCGUGAAUUAAAACUAUUAAAACAUAUGGAACAUGAUAAUGUUAUUGGUUUAUUAGAUGUAUUUACAUCCGGUAAUUCAUUGGAUAAUUUUCGUGAAGUUUAUCUGGUUAAUCAAUUAUUAAAAUCUGAUUUAAAUAAAAUUAUUCGUGCACAAAAAUUACAUGAUGAUCAUGUAAAAUUAUUGGUUUAUCAAAUUUUACGUGGUUUAAAAUAUAUUCAUUCAGCUGGUGUUAUUCAUCGGGAUUUAAAACCCAGUAAUAUUGUUGUAAAUGAAAAUUGUGAUCUCAAAAUUGUUGAUUUUGGUUUAGCACGGCAAUCCGAAACAGAAAUGACUGGUUAUGUUGCAACACGUUGGUAUCGUGCACCUGAAGUUAUGCUUAAUUGGAUGCAUUAUAAUUCUACAAUGGAUAUUUGGUCGGUUGGAUGCAUAAUGGCCGAAAUGAUUACCGGUAGACCAUUAUUUCCUGGCAGUGAUCAUAUUGAUCAAUUAUUAAAAAUUAUGAGAUUAUGUGGUACACCAGAUGAAGAAUUUAUGAAAAAAAUUACAAGCCAAGAAGCAAGAAAUUAUAUCAAUACAUUACAACCAAUGAAAAAGAAAAUUUUUAAAGAUGAAUUUCCUACUGCCAAUUCUUUGGCAAUAAAUUUAUUGGAAAAAAUGCUCGAAUUAGAUUUUGAUAAAAGACUUACAGCCGAACAAGCAUUGGCUCAUCCAUAUUUAGCGGAUUAUGCUGAUCCAAGUGAUGAACCUACUUCAGAUCCAUUCGAUGAUUCAUUUGAAGAACAAAAUUUAUCCGUUAUGGAAUGGAAAAAAUUAAUUUACAAUGAAAUAUUGGCAUUCAAACCAAAAACACCAACAACAACAACCAAUUAAUCAAUUAUCGAUGGUUAAUCAAUCACCGAUGGUUAAUCAACCAAAAACAUUAUUAUUACCAAAAGAGAGUGAUCUUA